AUGAAUCAUGAUCCUAACGAGAUAUGGGAAGAUUUGGGUUUAUUCGAGCAAUUUGUAAUAAGAUGUAUGUAUAAAAUUGAUCCAUUAUUAUUAGGUAAAAAUACCGAACUUAAAUUAUCAUAUGCAUCUUUUGAAGAUGUCAUGAUUGAAUGCCCCCUUCAUUUAAAAAAGAAGAACAAAAUCAGAAAAAAGCAUGAGUAUUUUAUACUUAAUCAUUUAACUCUCUCAUUUGAAGACACAAUUCCUGGAUUGUUCACAAAAACACUUUGGAAAGCAAAACAAUAUCAAUUCAGAGCUGGAACAAACAUAUACUAUCAAGCUUUCAAAACAUAUAUGAAGCAUGUUUUCAUACCACAGCAUAAAGGAAUUUUGUCUGAAGAUGAACUAAGGCGUGUCCAAGAAGAUGUUGAUAAAGCUAAACGAAAAGAAUUUUUGCUAAGAGAUCCAGAAACACGUGAAUGGGUACCUUAUAAUCUUGAAACUGUACAUAGAUUGUCAAUUGCUAUCAGAGAUGCAUGGGCCCCUGAUUUUGGAACCCAUUAUAUUGGACUUGAGCCGGACCUAUGCAUUUGUCUUUAUGGUGAUGAUUACGAACAUUUGUGGAUCAGAGAUAUUUUAAAAGGGAAAAUAUAA